AUGUUGCUGCGGAUGAGCACACAAUUUAUAUUUUUGUUUUAUUGUAGAAAGAUUUACUUCCUUUGUUCUGUGAGCACCGGGGUGCUUCCCAUCGUAGCUGCAAAUAUUUUUAGUUCAGGGCUGCUUGGCAUCGAAGCGGCACAGCGCAGCAUUGUAAACGAGAUCGUCUUCACACUCAAAAGCCAUGGAAUAGAAAUAAACGUAGAACACAUCACAUUGAUGUGUUUCAAGGGCAAGGUCAACGGAAUAACACGAUUCGGUAUAAAAAACUUUAAGAGCAGUCCCCUAAUGCUGGCAUCGUUCGAGCAGACUGGCGAGCACCUCUUCGAUGCGGCUGCUAAUAACAAGUGCAAUGAGAUCGCAGGUGUAAGCGAUUCGAUAAUAGUGGGCGGUAUAAUACCUGUGGGCACGGGUGGUGUGAGCAUUUACCACGAUGAUAGGAAUCAGAAUUAA